AUGCGCGGCGUCUCCGUGUGCGUCGUCGGUGACAACGAGCGCGCCAACGACGGCGUCGCCCGCGCGCUCGCCAAGCGAUUCGGGUACGCGUGCGUCUCCGUUCCGGCGCUCGUGGAGAGCGCGGCGAGUGCGGUGAAUGACGAGGAUGAGGAUGAUGAGUCGGCGGCGGCGUCUCCAGAGGCGAAGCGUUUGAUGCUGGAGAACAGCGCGCACGAACAGCUGUCGACGUACUUGAGAUUGUGCGUCGCGACGAGCGGCGGUGGACGCGGGGCGACGGCGCGCGGGGACUGUUGGACGUGGUUGUUUGGGAUGAUCACGGUUUGGGUGGACGAGGAGGGUGCGGACGAGACGGCACCGCAGCGCGAGGCGUACGAACUCAGCGAGGUUCGAGUGGUAGUUUCCAAGGGUAAAGAUGAUUACGAGAGCGUGGCCGAUCGCGUGAUGGAUGGAAUAAAGACCUUGUUGGACGCGGACGCGGAUAUUUGCGGACGGAAGAACCUGUACAUUCGGUUCGGGUGCAGAGGCGACUGGCCGAAUUUGCAGCCACCAGGCGAGUGGAAGGGCGAGUUGGAAGGCGGAGAUGCGGGUGGAGAAAACGGCGCGACGUGA